AUGGAUAUAUUAUUUGAUAAAAAAGGUGGUAUCGUAACAGAAUCAGCUAUUUAUGUAGCACUCAGUAAACAGAUCGGAAUUCUUUUUGGGGAUUAUGGAAUGGCAGCAGCAAAACUUUCACUAAGUGUUAAGGUUUUCGAUGCUGGAACGGCAACAACUAUUAUCAGGAUAUCGAAGGAAUUUGCACAACGACUCCUCAGUGCAAUACCAUUCGUAUGUACGAUUGAUGGUAUACCGGUUGUCUUACAAGUGCUCUUUGUUGGUUCUUCUGUGCGAUCUUGUCAGAGAGCACUGUUGAGGAUAAAUCGAAGAAGACUGUAUUCCAAUUACGUAGCUGCAAAAACCUAUGGAGAAAAGAAAGAUGUAAUGGAUGCUAUACGAAGCGUAACAGGAAAUGUGAAAUUUGAAAAUACCUUAAAUUAA